UACCAAAUCGAUGCUGAAAUUGGUAAAGGCUCCUUCGCAAACGUCUAUAAAGCCAUCAACAUCAAUUCCAACAAACCUGUUGCAAUCAAAGCUGUCCUACGUUCAAAACUAAAAAACAAAAAGCUCCUAGAAAACCUAGAAAUCGAAAUCCAAAUCCUAAAGGAAAUGAAACAUCCCCACAUUGUCUCCCUACUCGAUUGCAAACAAUCCCUCAACUACUUCCACCUAAUAAUGGAAUACUGCUCUCUAGGCGACCUCUCCUUCUUUAUCAAAAAGAAAAACCAACUAAUCAGCUCAAAUCCAAUCAUACACCAGAUUUUCAAUAAAUACCCUUCUCCUUCCCUCAUAUCCUCAAACAACAAUGACAACAACAAUGUUCCUUCUUCCCUCAAUAACUCACUUUACGCCAAUGGCCUCAACCACCUAAUGAUCCUCCACUUUCUAAAACAGCUAUCCUCCUCCCUCAAAUUCCUAAGAUCAAAAAACUUGGUCCAUAGAGACAUAAAACCUCAAAACCUACUCCUAUGCUAUCCACUACACGAUAAAGCCUCCUUCCAAAACCUAAACUACGUUGGUAUCUGGGACUUACCAAUCCUCAAAAUUGCUGAUUUCGGUUUCGCUAGAUUCCUACCAAACACUUCAAUGGCUGAAACCCUCUGUGGCUCCCCAUUAUACAUGGCCCCUGAAAUACUAAACUACGAAAAAUAUAACGCCAAAGCUGAUUUAUGGUCUGUGGGCGCUGUUCUCUACGAAAUGACUGUCGGUAAACCACCUUUCAGAGCAAACAACCACAUUGAAUUGCUAAGAAAAAUCCAAAAACAAAACGACAAAAUCAUCUUCCCCCACGACUUUCACAUAAACACAAACCUCAAAAUUCUCAUCUCAAGCCUCCUAAGACUAAAUCCAACCGAAAGAAUCAGCUUCCAUGAAUUCUUCAAUGACGAACUAGUCAAUUACGAUUUAUCUCCCUACAACACCACCCAAUCUUCUUCCCUCAACAACUCAAACAUAUCCUCAAAUAACUCAACUAUAGAUGAAAACUUAUUCAUCUCAGAAUUCAUCACCUCACCCCAAAUCAAAGCUCAAAAUCAAAAUAAAAAUCAAAAUCAAAUCCAAAAUCAAAUCCAAAAUCAAACUCAAAAUCAAACCCAAACCCAAACCCAAACCCAAAAUCAAAAUCAAAUCAGAACUCAAAAUCAAAUCAAUUUUAUCAACAAUUCUCCUCCAAAACAAAAACAAAAAUCUUCCUCAAUCCAAAAACAAACUUCAACUUCUCCUCCACAAAUUCUCGAAAUCCCUUCCAAUCGACAAAACGUUCCAACAGCUUCCGACAUAAUCGAAAAAGAUUAUGUUGUUGUUGAAAAAAGAAGUGUCGAAGUUAAUGCUUUGGCUGAUGAAUUGGCUGACAUCGGUACUGGUGCCGUUGCUAUCAAUAACACUAACAACACUAACAACCUUAAUAUUCUCAAUAACAAUAUAAAUCUUAAUAAUAUUCUGAAUCUCACCAACAAUAGUUCUUUUAGUAAUCAAAGAAAAUCAAGUUUUGAAAAUAGAAGAAUUUCACUUUCGUUUUCUCCAACAAAUCCUUUAUCAAAGGCUUUAGGAAUUGCAACUACAAGAUUAUUUCCUACUUUUAAAACCAUCAACCCUACAUCCAACAACAACUCUCCUCCGCAAAACAAUGAUUACAAUAAUCACCGAUUUUCUCCAUCAUCAUCUCCUAACUAUGGAAAUAUGAAUACAAUCUCUAACACUGAUUACGCAAUAAGCUAUGAUGAAGAGGCUGAAAUUAUUAUCCAAUUGGAACCUCUAGCUGCAAAGUCCCAUGCAAUAAAAACUUAUGCUGAUACUAAAUACUCGCAAAUUGUCCCUGCUCCUCCAUCUUCUGCUAUUGAUGAUUCAGAUAGUGAUGAAGAUGAUCAAGAAAACAACGUUUUGCCUCCAAUAUCAAUUAAAUCGCUCGCUGAAGAAGGUUAUGUUUUAUAUUAUAAAUGUUUGUCUUUAUUAGCAAAAGCAAUGCGCAUAACUGGUGAAUGGUGGAAUAAUAACCGAAAUAAUGGAACUCAAAGACCAGCUUCUGUCAGAUUAAAUAAUUUAGUCCAAGGUUGUCGCAAUGAAUUUAAUGAUUGUUUAGAUAAAGCCCGAUUUUUAAGCAUUAAAAUUAAUGAUGUGGUUAAAAAGCUUAAUUUAACCCAACAAAAAUUAGACGUUUUUGCUGAAAAACUAAUUUUUGAUAGAGCUCUAGAGAUAUCUCGAACAGCUGCAGUUAAUGAAAUGGUUGGUGAAAAUUUAGUCUCUUGCGAAAUCGAUUACACAACAGCAUUAUGGAUGCUAGAAGCCUUAAUAGAUGAUGAUAAUUCAACGCAAAAUUAUAAUAAUAGUUUAGAAGUUGGUGAUAGACAAUUAGUAGAAAAAUUCAUUGUUACAAUUGGGAAUAGGGUUACUAUUCUAAGAAGCAGGAUCGAU